UUCUGCGCUCACAAACUAUAAAAGCCACUAGCAGUACAGCGCCGAUCCUCAGUUUAAGCUUAAUUGUUGAGAAUAAAUUUAAAAGUCCAGAUACAGAAGUGAACAUAAAUAUACGAGUACAUACCUACAUACAUACAUAUAUACAUAUGUAGUCAAGUAGCACCAAGUAAAGAAGCCAUUGAAGUGUUGGUACAUAAGUAACAUACAUACUCGUAAAUAAAAUUUAAUAAGAAAAAUUGCAAAAAGCGACUUAAAAAAUUAUAUUUAGAGGUAAUAAAAACGUCAUACUCUUAAUAUGAGGAUAAGCGUGAAAAGUGUGUCAGGUUUGCUGGUGCUGCUGAUCUUGGCUCUCAUCUGCCACCUUGCGGAAGUUGAUGCUGCUCCUUAUCAAGAGUUACCGCCACGUCCUGGACAUAUACCGGUCUAUAUUCGCGAAGGUAAUCAGCCGCUAAGCGAGAUUCAUCCAGGCUUGGCUGAGGCAUUUCAUGAACUAGAACAACUGGAUCAAAAAGCAGCGGUGACCAACCCAGAAACAAGCAAUAUCGUUAAGGAUCAAGCGGAUGGGAUCAAGGAUCAAAAGGACACCAGUGCAUUAAUUAAUGCUUUACGACUCCCAGAGAGUGAUAUAGCUUCGCUGGAUGAGGUAAUAAAUGCCGAAGAUAAAGCGGAAGAUGAAGAAUAGAAAGUAGAUCAGAGCAAGAAUGAAACAAGAAGAAGAAAUGGCGGGGACAACACCAAUCAACAUAAACAUAACCUUUAGAAGAUUAUUUACAUUAUUUUAUUUAUUUCCUAAAAGUCUCUCGAUAUAAGGCAGUGCUGGGCACUUAGGAUAACGAUUACAUUUUGUUUAGUUAGGAUUGAGAUUACUGUAAUUAUCAAAUGCUUGAUUGCAAAUACUUAAAGUGUAGUUCAUAAAAUUUAACCAUUACGAUUACUGUAAUCGUAAUCAUGUGCUUAGGGCCCAGCUAUGAAAGCAGUUGAAAAUAUUUGAAAUCGGACAAUAACCACGCCCACCACCCAUAUAGCGGUAAUUUACUGAAACACGAAAGUUGCGAUAAAUCAGUAACUACUGAAGCUAAUUAACUCGAAAUCGACUAUUGAGCAAACACUUAGCAUACAAUUAGAUUACUGUUAGUUUUUGCAUCCUGGGCGUGACGCCGCCCACUUAUGACCACAAAUUACGUAUUUAUCAUUUUCUACCAAACUCCGUGCACUUAAAAAUUAUUCAAAUCGGACUUAAAUUACACCCUCUUCCCGUUUCGAUAUUUCAAUAAUUGAGGACGCUUAUUUACUCCAAGUUAAUACUUACAAUAACGUAGGUUUAGGUAGUUUAUAGAAAGUUGAAAGUUGACGAUAUUUGGUACCUGCGCCGGGUCGCAAUGUUUUCAAUAAACAUUGAUUUUGAUUAACAGUUUUACUUCGACCUUAACUCAAUUUUACAUAAUUUUUGGCGAAAAUUUCGCUCAUUUACAAUAAUCGUAUUCCUCGAAUUUUUAUGAUUACAAUUAUUAAAUAUACAAGUAAUGGUGAAAUUUAUGAUUGCAAUUAAGAUAAUCGUAAUCAUAUAUAUUUUAAAUAUUACUAUUACAGCAAUCGUAAUUGAAAUGUAAUCGUAAUCAUAAUUGCCCAGCUGUGGUAUAUGUAAUUAUAGCCGUACUUAUGUAUACAUAUAUGUAUACCAACAAACAUUCACUUAUAUACUACAUACUUACUUAAUCUAUCUAAUUUAAAAAAUCAAAAAAGAACAAACAUACAUAUGUGUUUACUAAAAAUGCAAUAAAAGAGUCUAACUAAUGAUAACAUGUA